AAAACGUGCGUCGGUAAAAUCGUGGUGCGCCUGAAAAAUAUGGCACACGGGCGCUGGAAAUCGUAUGGGAGUCGCGUUUUUGGAUCAAAUAACAUCGGCGUUACGUUGUAGCGCGUCCAAAGCACAUGGUGCGUGGCUUUACGGGUAGAAAAAUUGAGAUUAUGAGUAAAAUACGGGGUUGAAUUAAGUUAAAAUACAGUAAUUAACCCUUAAAUAUGGGUUCGAGUAAUAAUGUUUCGAAUAAUAGUGAUACGGCUAACGGUUUGACGCCUGUGAAUGAAUCUCCUAAAUUGAAGAGAAAAAUCACACUGUGGAACGGUGUUGCUUUGAUUGUAGGCACAAUUGUUGGAAGUGGUAUUUUUGUAUCGCCAACUGGUGUAUACCAAAGUAGUCAUUCCGUGGGAGCCUCGAUUGUGAUAUGGUCACUCUCGGGCAUUUUUUCCAUGUUGGGUGCCCUAUGCUACGCUGAGCUGGGCACAUCCGUCACUAGAUCUGGAGGAGAUUACGCUUAUAUAUACGUCGCUUUUGGUCCAUUAGCAGCUUUUUUGAGGUUAUGGAUUGCUCUUUUAAUUAUCAGGCCUACAACCCAAGCGAUUGUGGCAAUUACUUUUGCUGAAUAUGCAGUAAAACCAUUCUUCCCUGAAUGCAGUCCACCAGAAAAUUCGAUCAGACUCUUGGCGGCAGCCUGUCUCUGUUUACUUACUGCAAUUAACUGUUGGAGCACGAGAUGGGCCAUGACAAUCCAGAGCGUUUUCACUUCGGCUAAGCUGUUUGCUCUCGUGGCCAUUAUCCUUACUGGAGUUGUCUAUAUAUUUACUGGUCAUACAGAAAAUUUCCACAACGCAUUUGACGGAAAUUACGAUGCAUCUAGUAUAGCUUUGAGCUUCUACUCAGGAUUAUUCGCUUUUGGUGGCUGGAACUAUCUUAAUUUUGUUACUGAAGAAUUACAAGAUCCGUACAAAAAUUUACCUAAAGCCAUAUGGAUCGCACUGCCUCUGGUAACUGCAAUCUACGUUUUAGCGAACGUAGCCUACUUUUCGGUGCUAUCCGGAGUCGAAAUGGAGAGUUCUUAUGCAGUUGCGCUGACUUUUGGAAUGAAAAUGUACGGCAGCGUGGCCUGGAUGGUUCCCAUAUUUGUCGCCCUAUCGUGCUUUGGAGGCGUUAACGGCAUUUUAUUCACUUCGUCGAGACUUUUCUUAACUGGAUCGCAGGAAAACCACUUGCCAGAACUAUUUUCAUAUAUUCAUAUGCGACGUAAUACUCCCAUUCCCAGUUUAAUAUUCACCUGUAUAACAUCUCUAGCUAUGCUGUUCAUAAGCGACGUAAUGCAACUGAUCAACUACUACAGCCAAAUUUUAUGGUUUUCCGUUGCCGCCAGUAUAGCGGGAAUGAUGAUUUUGCGUUACAAGCAGCCCGACUCUCCUAGACCAAUACGAGUCAACACCGCCAUUCCAGUUAUAUUUUUGUUAGCUUGUGCAUUUUUAAUCAUAUUCCCUAUUCCGGAAAACCCAUGGAAUACCAUUAUUGGUACAGUCAUUACCUUAUCAGGUGUACCUGUGUAUUACCUAGCCUUAAGGCUGACCCAUGGCAACUGGGCUUGGGGUAGUGAAAGUAUCACCCGAGAAAGCCGUAUUAUCGAUGUCGUUUAUAAUGCAAGUAACAAUGAAUUAGUACGUACAAAAACAUUGGUCAAGAAUGCCAUUGUAGUUGUUGAUGCCACACCAUUCAGACAGUGGUAUGAAGGUCAUUACAUUCUACCGCUAGGACGUAAGAAGGGUGCUAAAUUGACUGCGGAAGAAGAUGCAGCAUUUAACAAAAAAAGGAGUAAGAAGAUUCAGAAAAAAUAUGAAACCAGACAGAAAACCGCUAAGGUAGAACCAGCUAUCGAAGAACAAUUUCACACUGGUAGAUUAUUAGCUUGUAUUUCAUCGAGACCAGGACAGUGUGGAAGGGCUAGUGGGUAUAUUUUAGAAGGAAAAGAACUCGAGUUCUACUUGAGAAAGAUUAAGUCUAAGAAAGCAAAAUAAAAAUAUAGUGUACAAAUAAACUUGUACUUUUAAGAUA